AUGGAGGACUUUAAGGGAUUAAAACCUAGAAUGUUGGCGACGAGGAGGGAAGCUCGAAGCCUGGCCCCGGAGGCUUCAGCAGGCCAGCUGGCCCCGGAGGCUUCAGCAGGCCAGCUGGCCCCGGAGGCUUCAGCAGGCCAGCUGGCCCCGGAGGCUUCAGCAGGCCAGCUGGCCCCGGAGGCUUCAGCAGGCCAGCUGGCCCCGGAGGCUUCAGCAGGCCAGCUGGCCCCGGAGGCUUCAGCAGGCCAGCUGGCCCCGGAGGCUUCAGCAGGCCAGCUGGCCCCGGAGGCUUCAGCAGGCCAGCUGGCCCCGGAGGCUUCAGCAGGCCAGCUGGCUCCGCAGGCUUCAGCAGACCAGCUGGCCCCGGAGGCUUCAGCAAGCCAGCUGGCUCCGCAGGCUUCAGCAGACCAGCUGGCCCCGGAGGCUUCAGCAGGCCAGCUGGCUCCGCAGGCUUCAGCAGACCAGCUGGCCCCGGAGGCUUCAGCAGGCCAGCUGGCUCCGCAGGCUUCAGCAGACCAGCUGGCCCCGGAGGCUUCAGCAGGCCAGCUGGCUCCGCAGGCUUCAGCAGACCAGCUGGCCCCGGAGGCUUCAGCAGGCCAGCUGGCUCCGCAGGCUUCAGCAGACCAGCUGGCCCCGGAGGCUUCAGCAGACCUGGCCAGGAAGAGUAUGAACAUACUGUACACGAGUGUUGGAAGACUUGGAGUGAAGGAAGGUAACGAUAAAGUACAAGGCAGUAACGCUGGCCAGGACUAA